GUUAUUAUCAUUUCUUAUACAGGUUAAUAUACGGUUAGCUUUAAGUUCAAUAUUUUCAGGAAUAUUAAAGACAAUAUGACUAAGUGAUAAGAAAGUUGCAUGGUGUACGGAAGAAUAGAGAAUACUUAAGUUUUAAUGAGUUUUUUACUGUUCAUCAAAGGAUGCUCCUUUACUUAAGUUAUACUUAUAGGAAAUAUAAAUUUAUUCCUCAUUGUCUCUUUCCAUGAAAACAGUUGAGUCGAUACGGAAAUAAUAUACUGAAAUAAUUGUUUAAUUUUUAAUAUUGAAAAUUCAGUGAGGAUGCCAGUGUGAUUUUGCAUAGGAACUUUAUUUGGCAAAGGGAGCUUACUGAAUAUACAGGAGAUUCUUUACAUUUCAUCGGAGGAUGAGAAGCCCUCUAUUUCUCUGUCAACAGAAGAUAAUUUUGAACCUUGUGUAAAGAUGUAUGAGUCUGAGGAGCUUCCAAAUAUCCGGUUCAAAAGUAGGGAGGCCAGGAGAUUAAAGCAUAGGCAUGAGAUUGAAAACAAGAAGUCAGUUGAACAGAAGUGUACAGUUUCAAACAACAGUGAAACAGCCAGAAUACCUCCUCUACCAGACCCCUCUCUUUUCAUACCUGACAACGAAAGAAAUAGACAUCCAUCUUCAGAAAGAUCAUCCAAGUCCCGUACGACAAAAACACCAAAGAGCUUAAAAAAGAAGAGGCAAUCAAUAGAGGCCAUUAAGACGAAAGAACGAGAAAUUCUCGGUGAUUUGUUUGCAGUAGAUAAGUCUGUAAAGGUAGUUAAGAGGAAAGUGCUACUAAAAGAUUUAGAGAGUGAUAAAAUAAACAACAAGAGACCAAAGUCCAUCAGAACUGGUUUAGUUAAAAAAGAGUCAAGUAGUAAAGAAGCUUUGCUUAAGUCUCUGAAAGAGAAAGGUUCUAACAAGUUACAAUAUAGACAGAAUGUAGACAAUAAAAGCCUCAGCUCUUCAGGAAAAUCUGUCAGGGAAAGAGAACAUUCCACACAAACUCUUCAUGCCUCGGAUAAAACUUGUCAGGGAAAAACUCAGUUAAAGGAUGAAAAUUUUGACAAAGCAAAUGUUGGUAAUGAUAAAGAUUCGAAUCAUUGUGAAGUUGUAAGAAGGUUAACUAAAGGUACAACGGAGCAAAUUGCAGUGAAAAAUGUGGUUAAUGAAGUUAAAAGAGUUGCUCAAGUUGCUGAUGGUGAUAGACAUGUAUCUGACAGUUCGGACAUGUGCCAUCAGGUCAACUGUUCAAGAAGUGGACCGUUUGAUUUACUAAUUUCAUUAGAUCGAAACUAUAGAAAAGAAUUAGAAAAUUUAAAAGUAUCACCUAGGAGCGAAAAUGCUGUCAGAUUUGAUAAGAUACCUAUAGUGAAAAUAAAAACAUCACAGUCCCUCCUUAAGUCAGAUAGAAAAUCAAAGUCAAUAGAAAGUUCUGGGAGUGAAUCUGAUAGUGAGAAGGGGAGAAGACAUUUCACGGAUGUUUUCUCCGACAUCAGUGAGCCUGAGAGUGACAGUGGGGUUAAACCAGUGAAUGAUAAGGACUUUGACCAUGUGUUGUCAAAGGACAAAGUGUUUAUAGAUGUUGAUAGUGGUGACAAUGAUGACUUAGAUAAAACAUUGAUAGAAUGUAAAAAUUAUUUUGUUAAGACUGACCAGUUUAGUGACAUUAGUGAUAAUGAGUCUGCGGCUGUAGAAUGUGUUAUAUCAGAUACUGAUGAAAACAUUGAUAUAAAUACACCUCUAGGUGGGAAUGAUUAUCUUGGAAAUUCAGCGCUGAGUAUAACAGUUACUGACUCCGACUCCGAUGUAAUAUUUGUUGACAUGGAAAAUGCAAGUGAAAAUAAAGCAGAGACUAGUAUGCCUAAACUAGAGGUAGCCAUAAAGACUAAAUCGAAGAGUUUAAUUCAGUCAUUUGAAAUGCCUAUUUUGGAGAAGUAUACAGAAGUGUAUAGUUCGCUUCGUGAUGGAGCAUGUGAGCAGGAAGUUCUUCCAGAUAUCGAAGAGGAUAGCGUUGAUAUUAGUGAUAAUGUAAUGAAAGCUCCCGAACUUUUUCAGAAAAACAUUAAUGUUCUGUCCAGUGGUUCUAGUGAAGCGAAUAAAGUCAGUUGUAAUUUAUUUAAAAAGUUUACUUUGACCAAUGAUGACAGUUCUGAUUUGACAUCGGUUUCAGAAACUGUUUCAUCAUCAUUCAGGCCAUACUCAUCACAGGCCUCAUCAUCGUCAUCAUUAGGAAUGAAACAUUGUAAUAGUGAUAUAACCUUGUCAAGUCCCAAAGAAUGUUCGACUCCGAAGUCGAGGAAGAGGAAGUUACACAAAUCUAGAACAUACUCGUCGUUUGGAAACAGUGAAAUAUUUUCAAAUUUUACGUCCUUAGCUAGUACUAGUCAGUCUGAGAAGCUUUCUUUUACUAAACAAAUGGAUCAAUUAACUGUUUAUAUGAAAGAUUUUUUAAACCUUAGUGAUUCUAAAACAUUACCUCCGAAAAUACCAGGUGCUCAAAAGAAUAUUGUGUAUGGUUGCGAGGAAGAUGGACUGCUCAAUCUUGGACAUGCUUUAAACUUUAUCGAGAAUUUUUGUCGCAAAUAUAUAAUCCCUAGUGACUUGUGCAAAGAUGUGAUAAAUAGUGCAUUUCAGUCAGAAUGUUCUUUGUCGCACAUACAUUGGGCUUAUAAUUUAUUGUCUGAAUUGAAUGCAUUAAGAACAGCAGAAAUAGAUAUAAGCUGGGAAACUAUAGAAAGUUGUCUUAACACUGCACUCACAGCUAGUCAGGGAAAACCAUACUACCAACUUCUUCAGUCGACCCUUCUAUUACAGCUGGGAAGCGAUGUCCUGAAAAUGGACCUGUUUUCAAGGAACCUUUCCGACAACAGAGAAAUAAGGAAGUCAUAUGCAUACAAAAUGUUUGCAUAUGAUGUUUCAACAGAAAGUCGGAAGAGGUUGAUUUAUUUCUUGAAUCAAGCGCUUCAUGCCGGACAGUGCCGCACUGAGGAAGAAAAUAAGUUUCGGCUUCCAGACGUUUUGCCAAUGUUACAGGAUUUGUUAGCACUUUGUGUAGAUGUUAGUUCAAGCUGUAUAGACUGUGCCAAUAUUUUAGCGGCAGAUAUGGUGAAUACGUAUAAGUUCUUGCCAAACCUCUCCGAUAAACAGCUCCUGAUACAGUCUGUAUCAUCCCAACUCUUACAGUGUAAACUCGUACAACUGGUGCUAGAGUCACAGUAUGACUGUCAUCAAACUUUAGGCAGCGCAUUUCCCGACUCACUCGAAGAUAUUAUACAAUGCUUCUUUAAGGUGAUGCCAUUAAAGAACCCACUGACUCCUCCAACCACACCUAAUGAUGAGAUACAGAGAGAGGACGAUGGUGAAUUUAGUAUGUUCUCACCAGAAGUGACUGAAGAAAUAGCCUUACUUCUAUACUUUAUGGUUGUCAGUUAUCUCCAGGCUUCAAGUGAUAAAAUGUACAUGGCUUUGCGUCUAAGAGUAAAUGUUCCGGAGGCGAAGAAAAGAUUGCGGUCUGAUGACGAGGUAGAAUUGAGUAAAAUGCAUGAGCAUGCAUGUGACCUUGAGCACCACUUGAGAUGUAUGAACCCUAACCUUACAGAAAACACAGAGCAUUAUCUUUUCUUGAUGAAAUGUUUAGGAGAACUAGUCCAGGAACAGUAAGAGUGAUAAUACAGAAGGCUGGUUUCCCUUCAAAAUAUUAUAGACUAUUCCAUUUAGAAAUGUUCUAAAUAAGGAUCAAAGAGAAACCAUUGUGUAAUAAAAAAUUUAAAGCAAAAGAUAAGAAAACAGAAAUUAUUCAUGCUUUCAUAGUGAAUAGUAAGGUUUAAAGAAAAAGAAAAAUAAUUGUGAUCACAAAGUAUUAAGAUAUAGAGGAAUUUUGAAUGAAUAGGUCAGCAUUGAGUAGUCAACUUACAAAGAUGGACUGAAAAUGAAGGUGUCAAGAUUGCUGUCAGGUGUUAAAGGUAAUAUGGUAGCACAAAUGUCAGAAGAAAUGGAAGAUAUUUUCAUAAAUGUUAAAGAUGUGGAAGGUAUUUACACAAAUAUCGGAAGAAAUGGAGAUAUUUUCACAAAUGAUGAAGAAAUGGAAGAUAUUUACACAAAUGUCAAAGAUAUGGAAGACAUUUACACAAAUGUUGGAAGAAAUGGAAGAUAUUUUCACAAAUGUUGAAGAAAUGGAAGAUAUUUUCACAAAUGUUAAAGAUAUGGAAGGUAUUUACACAAACGUCGGAAGAAAUGGAGAUAUUUUCACAAAUGUUAAAGAAAUGAAAGAUUUUGCACAAAUGUUAAAUAUAUGGAAGACAUUUUACACAAAUGUUGAAGAAAUGGAAGAUAUUUUCGCAAAUGUUGAGAAAAAAGAAAAUAUUUACGAAAAUGUUGAGGAAGGGGAGGAUAUUUACACAGAUGUUAAAUGGAAGAUAUUAACAUAAAUGUUGAAAAAAAGAAAAAUAUUUACGCAAAUGUUGAAGAAAUGGAAAAUAUAUAUUGGGAUAGUUGGAUGAAAAGUAACUGUUACCAUUGUAUUGUCUCAUUUUAUAUUGUUAACGAGAAAUGCACAAAUGAGCCGUGUCACGACAAAACCAACAUAAUGGGUUUGCGACCAGCAUGAAUCCAGACCAGCCUGCACAUCCGCGCAGUCUGUUUAGGAUCAAUGCUGUUCGCUAUCAGUUUCUCUACUUGUUAUAGAGUUGGUAAGAUAACAGCAUGGAUCCAGAUCAGACUGCACGGAUGUGCAGGCUGGUCUGGAUCCAUGUUGGUCAUAAACCCAUUAUGUUAGUUUUGUCGUGAUGCGGCUCAACUGUUGUUUUGACAUUGAGAUAUAUAUGAGGCUGUAAUUUCAUAUAUAUGUAAAGUUUUUGUACCAGUCAGGUGUAACAACCCCCAUGACUGGUAUGUUAUGUAUCUUGUAAUAAAUCCUGAUUAUGAACAAUGUGAUAUACUGUACAGUUUUAACUUUAUAUAAUACGCAUAAUAAUAUUUUUAAAAAGUCAUCAUAAUAAUAUGUUUAAAAAAGCAAAACAAAGCCUAGUUGUGUUGAAUGGCUGUACUACUCAAACAAUGAACAGAAUUUGAAAAAAAGAAGAACAAAUAAAUUUUUGUGAGUGACAACUGUUACUGUAAAAUUAUGUAUACAUUGUCAAUAAGUUUGUUAUUUUCACAUCUGUUUGAUACACUGUUAGGGAUAAUGUUUUGGUAAGAAUUGUUUACAUGAGGUAUUUUUAAUAAAAUGUUUGUACAUCAUAGCUUGAAGUGCUUAGCCCUAUGUUGGUUUUGCUUGAAUUUGUUUUUUGUGAAUAAAUAUGCUAGUUUGUUAAAUUUA